GAGAAGGAAGCCACAGCCAAUCAAGGCCAACCCUUCUCUGAUAGACAACAGUCCAAAGAACUGUAAAAGGAGGAGAUUUCCUCCAAAGCACUCCUCUUUCUCUUCUUCUCACACUACAGGCUGAGCCCCUCAGACCACAGAUCAGUGAUGUCCACUGAAUCUCAAGAAGACUGGAGAAAGGAGACUCAAGAAGAUACUACAAAGCCAGUUUGUAUUGAGUGAUGAAACAAAGAAGACAAUCACUGAUGGGACACCAAAGAAGAUCAAGUCUUUAACUCUGGGAAACAAGUUCAGUCUGAGGAGAACAAGAUGAUCUGAUGUGAAUUAAACAUCCUGUUUAAGUCAACAGUUGAAAAAAAAAAACGUCAUGUUGUCUUCACAUCAAGGAACUGGUGUCUUGGCUCUUUUCCACAGUGUAAUGAUAGUGGCUGCACUGAUAGACUCUGAUGAUGUCAUCACUCGGGAUGAGCAGAUCUACGUCCUGAUUGGUGCUCAUGCCAAGUGUGAAAGGAGCAUCCAGGCACAAAUGGCCCUGGUUAAAGAAGGUGACUGCCUCCCAGAGUGGGAUGGGAUCAUCUGCUGGCCACAGAGCAGAGCGGGUCAGCUGGUUUCUGUGCUGUGCCCAGAAUACAUCUACGACUUCAAUCACAGAGGACGAGCCUACCGCCAGUGUGACGCAUUGGGGAGCUGGGAGCAGGUUCCCAGUGUCAACCGCACUUGGGCCAACUAUACGGAGUGUACCACAUACCUGACCUCCAACCACAGGAGCCAGGAGGAGGUGUUUGAGAGACUCCAUCUCAUGUACACUGUUGGCUACUCCAUUUCUCUAGCAUCACUGUUGGUGGCAGUCUCCAUCCUCUGUUAUUUCAAGCGUCUCCACUGCACACGCAAUUACAUCCACAUUCACCUCUUCACCUCCUUCAUAUGUCGAGCAGUCAGCAUUUUCGUGAAGGACGCUGUGCUCUACACAAUAUCGGAUGACAGUAAUGCCGAGCCUGAGUUCACUGCACAGAAGUCACAUAUGGCCGGUUGUAAAGUUGCUGUUACUCUCUUCCUUUAUUUCCUGGCAACCAAUCAUUUUUGGAUCUUGGUGGAGGGGUUGUACCUGCAUAGCCUCAUCUUCAUGGCCUUCCUCUCUGACAAGAACUACCUUUGGGCCCUCACCAUCAUCGGCUGGGGUGUUCCAGCUGUGUUUGUGUCUAUUUGGGUCAGUGCACGAGCAUCGUUGGCCGACACGCAAUGUUGGGACAUCAGUGCAGGGAACCUGAAGUGGAUCUAUCAAGUUCCCAUUCUGGCAGCAAUUGUUGUGAAUUUCCUCCUCUUUGUCAACAUAAUACGUGUGCUGGCCUCUAAACUGUGGGAAACAAACACUGGUAAAUUGGACCCUCGGCAGCAAUACAGGAAGCUACUCAAAUCCACAUUAGUCCUCAUGCCAUUGUUUGGAGUUCAUUACAUGGUGUUCAUGGCUCUUCCUUACACUGAUGUGACUGGGUUGCUGUGGCAGGUUCAAAUGCAUUAUGAGAUGUUCUUCAAUUCAUCCCAGGGCUUUUUUGUGGCAUUCAUCUACUGUUUCUGCAACGGGGAGGUGCAGGCAGAGGUGAAGAAAGCAUGGUUAAGACGCAGCCUCACGAUGGACCUUAAACAGAAGGCCAGAAUGACGAGCAGUGGCGGCGGAGGCAGCUGUUACUAUGGCGGCAUGAUGUCACACACCACCACCCACAGUGUUAGCUUGUCUGCUGCAAAUCCCAGAGCUCUCUCCUUCACUGGAGGUGUGGUGGGCUCAGGCGGAGCUGCUGUUGGAGGCUCAGGGGUCCGGCCGCCACGCCACAGCACUCUCCACCCGCAAACCAGCCUGCCUGGAUACAUGCCUGGUGAUAUUGAGAGCUCUGGCCUCCAACAGGAGAUGGCUAUGCGGAAGCCAGGGGGGAUGGAGUCUGGAGUUUUUGCCAGGCAUGCCAGAGCCAGCAAAGGAUUUAAUGACUACAAGAGUCAGGGGACAUUUGCAGCCCAAACGCCUGGAGCAGAAGAUCCAGACAGCCCCUUAUCUCUGAAAGAGCUGGAGACCAUCUUGUGAUUGUGUUGAUAAAUGUUCAGCAGGGGUUGGACUCAUGCAGACCAAGUGGUCACCUGUACAAACCUUAAUGUUGAUUUGCAUUUGCAAAAACUAUGGACCUACCAAGCUAGACGUUUUAAGGAUUUACUUGUACUGAAAUCAUUUUGUCAACUUUCUCCAACAAGAAAGAACAUUCAGUCAAACUGUUUGCCAAAGAAGAUCAUGUGAUAUGAUCAAAAGCUCCAGAACAGCUACUGAACAACAACAGAGUGAGAUCAAAUGGUCACUGAAUGAACUAUGAGGGAAUAUGGUGCAUCUUCAUUUUGCAAAACUAUACAAAAGAUCUUUACUCAUUAUGACAUACUAAAUCUGAAUUGUACACUUGAAUUGAGACUAUUCUCUGAUGGCUUUCCAGUCUAUUUAUUCUGUCAGCGUACAUGAACUGUAAACACAUUUUUAUGUGCUUUAAAUUCAUGUGAAAUAAGUAAUAAUCUGUAGAUAAGAUAAUAAUAAGAUAAUUAUAAUUAUAAUAAUGACAAUAAUCUGUGCUGCUGCAGAGAAUUUAGAAAGAACAGGCCUGGAAGUUCAAAUAGGGAGAUUUUUGUCUCCUUCUUCAUAUCUUUCCUGUGUUGAAUUUUUCAGACCAGACAGUCUGACCCCAGUUGAAACUGCACUUACGUGUGUGUGUGUAUGUGUGUGUGUGUGUGUGUGUGUGUGUGUGUGUGUGUCGCCUGUCUAUGAAUCUGCUGUAGCAAUCCUCCUUUUUUCCAAAUAUUGACCUCCACACAUAUUGGCUCCACAUUUAUGAUGGAGGAAGGAUAACUUCCCUAACGGGCUAACUGUUCACGUUUGAUCAUUUCUAACAGUAACGUUAGUAACAGUAACAGCACGUGUCCAUGCUGUCUAUUCAGCUCUUUUUAUCAGUCUGACAGGACCCUGAGGGCUGAUGCACAAACCUUUUACCCAUCACAGAGCAAACCCCAGCCCCUUCCUCCGUGUGACCUCUGGCCUGAAUGCUCUCACAACACCAUCCAGAAUUUCACACACACUCCCCUCAGGAGCAAGAGGCACCUGAGCUGUUUGUGGACCUCGAGCAUGAGUGACAAAGCUGCAGCAUAAGCCACCAGUAUUCACAAGAUAAACUGCCUGUAAAUGUUUUCUAUUGUUUAAGAGUCCACUGAUCUGUGUUUAUAGUAUAUGUACAGUGUAAGAUAACUGAUAAUUUAAUACCUGUUUUGGGGAAUAUGCAUUGAGAGUUUAAAUAAAGUGAAAUAAAAUGAA